CAAGUUGUCCGUUUGUGAUCUUUAUAACGCCGUCGGAAAGGACGAACAAGUAACAUACAACGUCUGCAGUUGUGGCUUUCUUUGUGAUUUCCACCAAUAUUCCAGACUGAGUGUUCUGGAUUUUAGCACCGUUUCCAUAUGUGUUGGCGUCGCUUGCAGUUCUGAGAUCGAUGACCAAUGCGAUUUUCUUGUCUUUGAAGAAUCCGGACAGUGUCUGGUGAUUGAUAUCGUUGGUACCGAACAGUCGCCUUGCCUCCUCGUAUAGCCUUGUUUUCGGGAUACCCUGGCUAUAGACUGCAUUAGGAACGCCUUCUACGGUUACUCUGACCUUUUCGAUGUUGGGGUAGAUAUAUUCCUCGCUGUCCGUCUUCGUCUUGUUUGUGAAUAGCAUGACGACGGCUUUCAUACUCCUGCGUCGUAAGUUGAUCGUUUCGUUGAUGAUGGUGGAAUCUUUGCUCCAUUCCGUUUUCUUCAUUAGGGUAGCGUGUUCGAAGGAUAACUCGCGUUCGGAUCCAUACAAACCCUCGGAUUUCCUUGCGAGAUCGAUGUUGUCGAUGGACUCGUAUUCCAGUUCGAUGUUUUCUAGGGUGUAUCCUUCCACAGAUUCCCCACCCUGUGCGUUCAUGAUUUCAGCCGCUGUGGGUAGGGUGAUCACAUAUUGUAAGUCGUUUGUCAUGUUGUGUGGGGCAUAAAGUCCAUGGUCUUUGAGGAUUUUGUUGAUCCGGAUUUUCUGUUUUGUCCCAAACACUCCAAACAAUGCGGUAGCCUCUGCAUCAGCGUUAGCGGCGUCAUCUUUGGAUAUUUUCUUCCUCGUGUCUUCGCUGGCGAUACCGUCCUCCACCAUAUCGUCGCGCUGCUUGUUGUGUAGCCGUAGGUCUUUGUAGACCUCCAGUAGGCUUUCCCCGCUGUUGUCGUAGACCUUUUCACCGGCGAGUUGCAUUUCCAGUCUUUUCUGUAGUAGUUUUCCUAGGUUGUUCCUAAACCAGGAUUUUGUAUUACUGUUCGUAAAGUCAAAAACUAAAGCCAUACUAUCCGGUACGAGAACGGAGUCGGCUUUCAGUUUUGGAAUAUUAACGUAAUUUUCUUCUCCGGGUUUGGCAGAAUUAGGAUUGAAGGUUAGAACAUGUCUGGUCCUAUACCCAGUAAUUUCCGUCCUAUUCAUGCGCCGGAAGUUAGGCAUAAGUUCAGCUGUCCGGUCCAUUAUGUUUUUAUUAUAGUAUAACUUUAUUUCUUCCGUCUACUUUGUAGAUACUUGUAUAUAGCUCCGGAAAUUAGGACUGCUACGAUCCAUAGGUUUUGGGCAAGGAAGGCGAGACCUUUAGCUCCCCAGCUUAAGAUAGUACUUAGUAAAUUUAGGAUGGGUACUAGGAUUGGUAGUGCGGAUUUUGCAAGUCCAGCCAAUGCUUUUCCUAUGGCUCCUAAUCCUUUGGAGGCUCCUACGAUGGCUUUCUUCCCAGCUACCACAACCGUAGUAAUUAUUCCAGCGAUGGAAAUAGCAAUAGCGGCUAGUGCGCCUAGGUUUUCCUUUGCCCAUUUGCGGAAUCUUUCGAAUUUUGUCCUGAUAUUUUCUCUUACUAUUUCCCUAUACCUGUGUUUUCCCUCCUCCGUUUCGGGUUGCUGACCCAUCUCUAGGUUGGCGUUAUCUAUACCCUGUUCGGCAACAUCCCUGCCCUCUUGCAUAAUCUGUUGUCUUUCGGGAUCUGUUUGGAGUUCUAUAUUGGUUUCGAAUACUUUCUUCUGUUCCCUUAAGGCUUUAAUCCUGACUUCGGGUGGUCCUUUGGGAGCGGUUACUCCCGCAAAUUCCCUCCUCUCCUGUGUGGUUAUUUUCCCCCUUUCUCCUAACUCCCUUGCGUGUUCCACGAGGUUAUCGCCUGCAUUGAUGACUUCCUGGCGGAAUUCCUCCUCAGCGUCUUCGAAAAUCUCUUCCGCGUUUACUCCUGAUGCUUCUCCUCCGGUCUCCUCUUCGACUACACUUUUAACUCUUCCCCUGUGUUCGGCGAGUGCUUUUUCGUAUAAAUUAAGGAAUUUUUUUGAUGAUGCAAUAGUUUUCUUGUUUUCAGUCAUUUUGUAGUUACCACCCGUAUCAAUGUAUGCGACAUCAGCCCCGUUAAAUGUCAACUUAUUUUUAGUGAUGUGUAAACUGGAAAUAAGUUCCUUAGAGUUUUGUCCGUCGGCAGGGUCUAUGCUGUACUCAUGGUUGAAGAGCCUUCUAGCAUAUUCUGACUUUAUGUCAUCAAAUUUUCCAUAUGUGCUGAGUUCGUCUAAAUGCCUCUUCCUUUUCCUGUAGGAAUCGUCCUUAUUCUCCUCACGGAAACUGGAGGUUUUUGCAUCGUCUAGUCUAUCGUCGUCGUUUAGUCCAGAAAGAAAGUCAUCCUCGUCAACAGGUGUAUCGCUAAUGACAACCUCAUCAUCACCCCCUUCAGCUCCUUCGUCGCCUUCCAGUCGGUUAAGGUCAUUCAUCUCUAUGGGGGUGUCCAUCUUUAUUUAAGUCUAAAGAUAAUUCUUGUUCAUAAUACCUUCCCAGAAUGUCCUCCCCAUCCUCCGGAUCCUUAAGGCUGUACAUGUUGGGAUCUCCCCAAAACACCGCUGUAAUGACAUAUACUUCGUUGUCGAAAUUGGGUUCGUAUCCCUUUUUAAAGGUUUUGUGCUUUAUUUCUACCCUGACAUGAUCCCCAACCUUAAAUUUGGGAUCCGGAAAACUGCUUAUGGAUACCCAUAGAUUUUUGUCCAAACUUCGUCCUUGUUUUCCUCGUUCACAUUUGCCGGUUUCAUUCCUAUUGUUCUGUGUGUGGUAUUAGUAGAGAGUUUGAGCAAGACAACGAAGUACGAAGACGAAGGCAUACUUGACAAUUUUUGCCGCCUGCACAUUAUCUUGCGCAUAGUGAGUUGGACGUCACUGGUAGUUGCUCAACGUGUCUUCCCAUGUGUCGCUGUUUAUGAAUACUGACCAUAAUUCUUGCCCUGAUCCAGAAGGGAACAACGAGACAUGAAACUAUAUCCCGUCUUUGUCCUUCUGCCUUCGUGCAGAACGAAGUUCACAACGAAUUUUGCCAAAAUAUUCGUUGUGAACGAAGGCAGAAGAACGAAGACGAGAUAUGGAUUCAUGUCUCGCUGUUUUAUCCUGAUCAGGGUAAGGAUUUGAGUCAGCAUUCACAAACAGCUAGACAUGAAUCUCUAAUCUGUCUUCACUCCUGACCCUAAACUCAGAAUGCGCAAGAUAAUGUGCAAGACAGGCAAAAAUUGUCAACCACGUCGUCGUCGUCCGACUUCGUUCUCUUGCUCAAACUCUUUAUUAUAAGAUCUGACGAGGGCAGGUAAGAUGUCCACCCAAACUUUAGUCCUGUUUUCCGUAAAGUAUUUCCACAUCCUUGUUUUUAGGGUUCUAUUGAAUCUUUCGACAAGUGCAGCUUUCCGAAAGGUUCUUGUGCAAAAGUAGUGAACAUCGUGAUCCUUUGGCAACGUCUUUACUCCUACAUGGUAAAAUUCCUUUCCAUCGUCGAACUGUGCCGUUUUAGUAUACCUACCGAACCUCUCCUUAAAUUGUGCGAGCACAUUUUCAACAGCCGUCAUCAUGCUUUCGGUAUUUUUCCUCCAUACGGGGAUGGCAAAGGCAUACCGACUUAGGACCUCUAUGACAGUUAGAAUCCAGCGGUUUCCCUUAUUCCCGUGGCUAAAUUUACUCAUAUCCACAAGGUCCAUUUGAAUCUGCUGUGCAAGUCCGUCCACAUAGGUUCUUUGGGUCUUGUAAUGUUUCCGGGACGGUUUGUGAAUAAUAUAGGUGUUUUGUGUCUGUAACCAUUCUCUAACAUUUUUCCGGCUAACUCCCUCUAUACCCUCCUCCUUUGCACUUUGGUAUAAUUUUUCCAUCGACAUGUACCCACCGUUAACGUUAAAAUAUAUUUCCCGGAGAGCUACAUCCAGUGGUAGACUCAUUUUAUUACCUGUAAAUAAAACAUGAAGAAGAUAACGGUCUAUGUUGAAGACGGAGGGCUUACCCUGGAUUUACAGAAUCCACUGAUCCUUACCCAUGGAUCCGAACUUUACGUAAAGACUGCUGCCGUGUUUUGGAAUUAUAAGAAUAUUCGUAAGGGAUACAAUGACUACAUUUCCGUAGAUGGGAAGAAGAUUACGAUAGAUGAAGCGUACUGGACCUUUAAUUAAACAGCUUAUAGGAAAGAGCUGGAGGAAAACGGAUUGACACUUAAGGAAUAUCCCGAUGGGAGGAUAAGGAUUGACUUUGCCAAAGGAACAAAUUCUGUAGGACUCCGAAAUCUCACGAGUAUUUUGGGAUAUCGGUCCUCCAAUGGUCCUACAUACACCCCACACAUUAGCGAUCGUCCCGUAGACAUUCAUGAAGGCCUGCGAUACCUCACAGUCAGCUGUACCCUUAUGAACCGUGAGCACAACAUCGGACCGUACGGAAACCGGAGUACAGUCAUCACAUCCCUUCCGAUUGAUGGAACAAGACCCCUCUUUGGAACCACAACCAAAUACAACGACAUCGAAAGCCAAGUACGGGUGGAUGCUGGAAAAUACAGUGAGAUUCGGUUUGAAAUUGGGUCUAAUACCGGAGCUGUUCCCGGAGAUGUCCUGCUAGAACUUUACAUUAAAUAAAAGAAUGAGUGAGGAAAUCUUCCGGAACUACUACGGAAAGAAUUAUGAGAAGGUUAAGGCGGCAGUACCCGUCGAAAUACGGAAAAUGAAAGAGAAUUUUAGGAGAAAAUAUCCGAAUGCGAUCCUAUCUAAGUUUGACUUCGAGGUUACCUUUGCCAAGGAUGGGACCGUAGGGUCCAGGGACAUCUUCUAUAAGGUGGAUGACCUCACAAGCUAUGAUAUCACAUCAGACACAUUUCGUACAAAUCCGGAGUGGACCAAAUAUCUUCACUGGGCAGAGGGGUGGCGAAGUGUUCUUCCGGAUGCAAUCUUUCGACCAAAUAAGGAUUUUAAGAUGGAUAUGCAUACUUUUAAGGUCUAUGUUACGGAGGCAGAGAAUUUCCUAACGAAACUGGAGCCUAUUAAGCCAGUAUACGAUAAACCCCCCGAAACCUUUAUCAAUACUAUACCAUUCGACUAUCAUUCCAAUUCCUACUUUUGCUCUCUAGCGGCAUGCUACGUUGCUAUGUUUAAGUCCGGAAUUUCCGAGGAUCACCUUAAAAACAAUUUUCCCAAUUCACACUCCAACAUAAUAACCUCCAUCGUUCGCUUCCACCUUCAUUUUCACCUAUCGAGGUUCAUGCGUAACCCCAAACUCUUGGACCAAUACCUUACAGGGGAUGAUAUACGAACUAUUAGGAAGUAUACACCUGUACGUGAAACAUGGGUUAGGAGGACUGUCUCUUCCCACGCAAAUCUUGGAACAUGGUAUUAUGGCUUACCUGUGAGUGAACAGAAAAGAAUACGACGUCAGAAGUACCAUCUGACCAAAUAUGGAGGUACAUUUAUCGAAUACGAAUACCUGACUGGUAGAUCACCCCUUGAUGUUGAGAAUGAUUAUAAGAUCCUUAUUCCCAAAACAUCCCGGGGACUUACCAAAGUUGGACAGAAAUUAUUCCAGCAAUCCAUCGAAGCGUUCGUGUAUUCUGUAUUGGGGGCACAAGCCAAAACCAGGUGAAGUAUUACGGGUCAGGGUGCAAAGAGCCUACAGACACAGGAGGUCUUCCGGAGGUAGCAAGAGAUACAAUUGUACAAGACGAUGUGACAGUUACCAUAUCCAACAUGAGGACAGCCAUUGCUAACACACAUGUUACCCUAAAUUUUGCUAUCAUGCCAGAUCUAAUCGUAAUUCCUUCAGACUUGAGGAUCCUAACAAAACCUAUUCCAAUAUUCAGCAAUGUUCUAACGGUAGCUAAAAACGGAAUGACGUUCGGAAAAAAUGAGAAGGUGAAUUAUACAAGUAAUCCUGUUCCUACCCCCACGAAUAAUAUAGAUGAAAGUCACGACAUUACACCGGUUCCUGUUGUGGAGGACUUUAAACCCCCGGAACUGAGGAAGAAGUCUGAUACUCAAAAUAUUGCUCUUGGGACAGCGGCAGUAGCAUCCUUCGGACUUGCAUAUCUAGUAUUUCGACCAGGGACGUGGCGACUGGGGGGUCUUGGGGGGGUGCGACGCCCCCCCCCCCCAAUAAUUCUGAACUUUGAAAAGUUGGUCAAAAUUUUUGAAAAGUUGGUCAAAGGAAUUAUUUUAAUAUUAAACGAAAUCUUACAUUAUUUACCAAAAUUUGAGAAAAUCCAAAAAAUGUUCAGAAUUUUAGAAAAAGUUCUUUGAUAAACGGAGAAAAUUUGUGAUAUCCGAAAAAAUUUUAAUGUCGCGAAAAAUGCGAUAGGUCCGGAAAAUUUUUUUUACCCCUAAAAUGGUACACUGACUGAAAAUGUUUUGGCGACGGGGGGGGGAGGGGGGGGGGAAGUUGCCAAAAAAAAUUUCGAGAAAAAUUUUUUAAACACGAAAACGUUGGUCAUUUUCUUUGAAAAAGUUGGUCAGUAUGGUAUGACGCCCCCCCAAUCUGGAAUCGUUCGCCACGCCCCUGAUUUCGACGUUAAAUAAAAUGAGCAUAUUAUUUGGGUACGAUUACUUUGAUACAACAGCAGAAGACCUGAAUACCUUAAAACGGAAGUUAACAACAGUCGAAAAGGUGCAACAGGGGAACACGGCAGAGGUCAUCAAAAACGCGAACGAUAUCAUAAAGUUGAAUAGUUUGGGAGAAAACACGGUUCAGUACGACUUUUCCCAAGUACCUGGGUAUCCACCCGGAUUUCUACAAACACCCACCAUUACAGACACCGAUAAGAAGAGUGCAAAAUUUAUGGUGUUUAGUGUCAGUGGCUUUGAAAUAAACUAUUCAAGUUCAUCCCCUCUGUACGGAUUUUACGAAACGAAUAGGGGGACGAUUGUCAUAUUUACAGUUGACCAGAGGAGUAAAAUUAUCCGAACAUCUUUUUCAUUCAUAGUUACCAGCACAAACAUCCAGAUCCAUGGUGUUGAAUUUAAGGACAUAGAUUCUGCUGGAAAUGUAACCAACAGAACAGGAGCUACGUCCGUAAAUUGCUUGCUCUUGACAACAUAGGAUUUUUUUUAAAUCUUUCCGUAAGAUUUAAAAUAUUCGUGUCAAUCCAUAAGCACCGCCAAUACCCAGUAUACCCACUGUCAACACUGCAUAUCUCUUCAUUUCAUCCGAUGGUUGAUAGUAAUCCUCCAAUUUUGGUCUGCGUUGGGAUGCCGUACUAUCCAUAAGCCUCGUAUAAUCCCUCAGGUCCUCCAGUGCCCUGUUCGUUUCCUUGAUAUCCUUGUUAGCAUCCAGGAUCUCGGCCCUACGCCUUGCCUCGUCGUUCCUACGCUUCACCUCAGAUUCGUAAUACUUCUCCUUGGCUUUCGCAAGCUUCUCUAAGGCUUGGUUAUGUCUUUUUACCUCUUCCUUGUAGCCUUGCCCAUUCAACCUUGAAAAUAGAAAGCCGGCUCCGGCAAAAGCCACGGCAUUAAAGAGUCCUCCAAUCACAACAGAUGUCAUUCUUUAUUUGUCAAUUACUUUUGGGAUAUACCCCUUAUCCUUCAGGUAUCCUAUGGCAAAUGCACUUCCGGCCACAGCAACGGCAAGCUUUGCUGCUCCUUCCAUAGUCAUUGGUGCGCCGAGGCUUUUUCCGGCAACCGUUUUGGCAAGGUAGGAUACCCCAACAACUCCGGUUGUUAAUAAUGCGGCGUUGAUCACUUCCUUCUUCGUGUCGGUCAUUAUGUUUUUAUUAUAAUAGAACUAUUUCUCUCUUAGCUUCUCUUCCAGGAGUAGAGAGCAUCUUCUUUCCAGUGUGUCGAGCAUCCUGUCUUCACUCUCCCUGCGUUCGGUUUCCACCACCCUGCGUUUGGCUUCUUUCGCCUUAGCCGCAUGGAUGUAAAUAAGACAGGUUCCAGCUGCUACGGAAAAGGUCAGUAUGUCCAGGAAUAGUUGUGACAUUGUUUUAUUAUACUCAGUCAAAAAGAUCAGGACCUUCUGGUGUAAUAACAACAGGUUCCGGUUCCUCUACAGUUUUAUUUUCCUCAGGCUUCUCGUCCUUCUCCUGACUACUGUACCACAUGAAGUAAAGGGAUCCGAGCCCUACGGCGAUACCCACUACCAAGCCGACCCUCUCUAGGGUGACUAUUGACCCCUCUUCUUCAAUUGGAACAUUUUGCUCCUCUUCUUUGAUAGCUUCGAGUUGUGACUUCUUCCUGGCUUUUGCUUCCUUACUGAUCUUAGCAAGCCUACGCCCUGCCUCCACCCUUCUGGGAUCCUUGACGUGGGUCUUUACCGGAUUUGUGACAGGUACUGCUGUCGUAUCUGGGUUCUCUUCUGACAUGGUUCCUUUUAUUUAUAGUAGAAGUUAACUAACUUGUAAGUAACUCUAAGUCUAGUUAAAAGUUAGUUAAGACUAACCUUAAAUCUAAUCAAAAGUUAGUCAAGACUAACCUUAAAUCUAGUCAAAAGUAUCUUAUGACUACAUUUGAGUAACUGAUGACUACAUUUGACUAACCUCAUGACUACAUUUGAAUAACUUAUGACUACAUUUGAGUAAACUCAAUUCUGCUUAAAAGUACCUCAAAUUCAGAAUCAACAAUCUAUAGACAAGACUUCCCUACAUAUAAACAAAGCAACCAUGGAACGACCAGUCAAGAAUAAACACAGGUGCGAAUUCUUCAUAGACUGCCACGAAAAGGUACCACAGGUCGAAAGGAUGUGUAAAAGGGUCAACUAGAAGGACAUGAUGUUCAUCAUAGAAUUCAGUAUGAACAAAUUCGACGAAGUGAUGCAUCUACCACCAGCUGGUCAACAUAUAGCAAGAGUCGGCAUUAAGUUCGGGGAUGGGCUUAUGGGAAAAGGCGCUGAAAUACGUAAGGUAACGUCAAGAACCGAAUGGGAAGGGGAGGAUGGUAUACUAGUUAUCGUCAGUACCAAUUGGCGUGCCGUUUCACAUGAAACAUGUUACAUUAAAAACAUAAAGGACAAGGAAGACGUAAUAAACCUGGGUCCUGCCGAUUUCCUUUCUAAUAAUUACUUUAGAGGAAAAUAUCUAAACGAAACAGGAGUUGCCCUAUUAGGACCUAGCACACCAAAAUGAAGUUCUUCAUGGUCAGAUUGAUUAAAGUUGCCAGGUAGUGACCUGGCGGGGUACAAUUGUGAACAGAAUCAAAAAAUUUUUUUAGUCGAUUUCCUUUGUAUAUAAUUAGGGACAAAGAUGGCUAAUAGUCAGAACGGAGGACAGUCCGGCAGAGCGGAAACGAAUCCCACAAUAAAGCUUGUAUUCAUUUUCGAAGACAUAAACAACCAAAUUCCACUUCUAUCCUCAGCAGUGAACAAGGUAAGAAUGCUGCUGGAUCCGGAAGCGGAUCCAAUGGAAACCUAUUUAAGUCUGCUAUGUAAUAUGUGGAAGAAGGAUGAACCCAACAAAAGAUGCUUCGAGUCCAGCGAUUACAGACUGACCGAUAUCAACAACGCGGAAAAAGUUCUUGCUGCAGCAAGGGAGGAAAUCCUGGAGUUUUCCUCCGACUGUCGAUGGGUUGAAAGAAGAGUGUGUAUGCUUAGAAUCGUAAACACACCACCACCUUGGGAUAGGACCGGUAUUAUACCUAUAGGAACCUCUAUACACCU